AUGUUUAAGCAACAUCGUGGAGUAAUACAUUCUCCCCUGAAACGGCCAAAAGACCUUCAAUACUCGAACGGCCUACCCUCUUACCCACCCUAUUACGCCUAUGCGUCCAGCCUACAAGAGUUUAUCAGAAAAGACCUGCUAAACCGGCCAGAUUGGAGCGCUUCUUCAGAAUUGCUUUCAGAAAAAUCGGAUUAUGAACACUCGAUUGAACGGUAUUCGGAGACUCCCAAGGAUUGGCUGAAAAUGCAGCAGAAAUAUGCCGAAAGACGGUUGAAGAUGGAGCAUUCUGAAAAUUGGAUAGAAAUAGAUGGAGAAACCAGAUAUGGAGAUUUAAGCCAUAAUCACAAUUUAACUUCCAGAAAACCAUCUUUUUAUGCUGAUAAAAAACGGUUCGGCAACCAUUCCUAUGGGCCUCAUUACCGUGAAAAUGAAGCAGCCCUAGGCAGGUGGUCCGAGAUAAACCAGACAAAUUCUGCUCUUGAGAAAUACCUUAAAUGCCACGAGAUCAGCUCGCCCAGUUCAUCAAGUGACUCGAUCUCCACUGAUGAAUUUUCUACGAAUGUGUGCCAGAAAGCGAUGCAUUUUUGUGCCUCUAAAGAUGCGAGUCCAUACUACCGAACUAAUGGCUGUUCUAAUAAGUCGAUGUGUCGACUUAUGGAUUUGUUGAAUGUCAAUAAAGCAGUCCGCUUGACAAUUUACAGGAAAGGCAAAAAUGAGCGUUUUGGCAUGAAGCUAUCAAGAAGAGAGGAUGUUGACGAAGUAAGCCGAUUUUAUCGUCAUUUAAUGUUCAUGAUGACAUUAAUAACGUCAAGCAGUCUUAUAAGCUGA